AUGAAACAUGAAACGUCGUUCUUGGCAGCAAUCGUUCAAAGAUGCACCUCCACCACCUCAAUAAGGAUAGCCCGUCAACUACAUGCUCACAUACUUAUUAUCUCUGCUACCUUCGUGGGACCAUCGGCAUCGCCGUUCCUGAACAACAACCUUCUCUCUCUAUAUGCCAAAUGUGGCUCUCUCCAAGACUCCCAAAUGGUUUUCGACAGAAUGCCUCAAAGAAACAUUGUAUCUUUCAACGCCCUCAUUUCGGCCUAUUCUCGGCUUCCCCAUCAUGCCCUUUCCGCCUUUCGAUUGCUCUCUGUAAUGACAAACGAAGGAUUUAUACCAAAUAGUUUGACCUUCUCGAGCCUAAUCCAAGCAUCUUCUUCCAAGGAGGAGCAUUUCCUAGGCUCAGCUCUUCACUCCCAAGUUGUGAGAUACGGCUUUUUCAAUGGUGUCUGUGUUCAAACCUCCCUGCUAGGGAUGUACUCAAAUUGCGGCGAUUUGGAGUCUGCAAACCAGGUCUUCUGUCAUAUCGUUAAUAGAGAUGCUAUUGCUUGGAAUUCUAUAAUUUUCGGGAAUUUGAAGAACCAGAAAACCAUGGAAGGUCUCCAACUUUUUGGAAACAUGGUCAGGGAUGGUUCAAUACCUACCCAUUUUACAUAUUCAAUGGUUCUGAAUGCUUGUAGCAGAAUAAGAGAUGGUGUAAGUGGGAAAGUCAUCCACGCCCAUGUAAUUAAAUCCGAUUCUCCAGCUGACGUCCCUUUGCAGAAUGCCCUGCUUGACAUGUACUCUAGUUGUGGUGAAACGGAGACUGCAUUAUAUGUCUUCAAAAACAUCAAGAACCCAGACCUUGUUUCUUGGAAUUCAAUGAUAGCCGGGUACUCGGACAGAGGAGUUGGAGAUAAGGCCAUUGAUAUGUUCAUCCAAUUAUUGAGAACAUCUCUUGAAAAGCCAGAUGAGUACACUUUCGCAUCUGUCAUCUCGGCAUCUGGAACACUACCGGUUUCAGAUUAUGGAAAACCCCUCCAUGCACAAGUUGAGAAAGCAGGAUUUCAGCGAAGUGUUUUCGUAGGAAGUACGCUAGUUUCCAUGUAUCUCAAAAAUUGUGAGAUAGAUUCUGCUAAACAGAUGUUCAGUUUAGUUCCAGAGAAAGAUGAUAUCGUCUGGACAGAGAUGAUCACAGGUCAUUCUAAACUGGGAGAUGGUGAAACUGCACUCAAGUACUUUUACUACAUGCAGCAGGAAGGCCAUAAAGCUGAUAGCUUUGCCCUAAGCAGUGCUUUGAGUUCAUGUGCAGAUCUUGCAACUCUGAAACAAGGUGAGAUGUUUCACACUCAGGUGGUAAAAACAGGUUAUCAUGCAGACAUAUUUGUAUGUGGAAGCCUGAUUGAUAUGUAUGCAAAAAAUGGUAACCUUCAAGCUGCUCAGUUAGUAUUCUCAAGUAGUGCAUACCCUGAUUUAAAAUGCUGGAAUUCAAUGCUUGGAGGAUAUAGCCACCACGGAGAAGCAGAAGAUGCUUUCAAGCUCUUUGAUAAGAUAAUAAAACAAGGUCUAAGACCCGAUGAAGUAACCUUUGUUUCUCUGCUCUCCACAUGCAGCCAUUGUGGCCUAGUUACGGAAGGGAAGUUCUUCUGGAACUACAUGAAGGAAAACAACUUGGAACCAGGUCCUAAGCAUUACUCUUGCAUGGUAAGCCUGUUAAGUCGAGCAGGGUCAUUACAGGAGGCAAAGGAUUUGAUCUUAGAAUCAGCUACUGGUUACAGGUAUCCAGAGUUAUGGAGAAUUUUGCUGAGCUCCAGUGUUAUUUACAAAAACUUGAGAAUCGGAGUUCAUGCUGCAGAGGAAGUUCUGGGAUUAGAACCAGAAGAUAGUGCAACACAUAUCUUGCUUUCGAAUCUCUAUGCUGCUGUGGGGAGAUGGGAUGCUGUUGCAGAGGUAAGGAAAAAAAUCAGAAGAUUGAUGUUGGAAAAGGAUCCUGGGCUAAGCUGGAUUGAGAUCAAAGACAGCAUUCAUGCUUUCUCUUCUAGUGACCAAUCCCACGCACAUGUUGAUGAAGCCCAAGCCGAAUUGUAUAGACUAUACGGAAACAUGGCAGGAUGGGAAACAGAUGAAAUUUGCUGUAGGCUGCAUGCAACAGCUAUGGGAGAAGUCAGAGGGGCUUGCUUUCCUCCUCAAAUAUAUGAAAUACAGUGAAAUUUUGGGAAUUCUUGGUCUUCCAAUAGAGUUGUGACCACGGUCCCUAAUGGCCGGGGAUGCAAGUCCAGUGGAAACAGAACACAGAAUCCGUGAAUCACAUACAAAAGAAACUAAGAACUACAUAAACAAUGCUCACGAGGUACGGUUAGUGACGAGGAUGACCUACCAUUAUCAUAUGAGCUACCAAAACUUCAUUGAAUCACAUAGGCAUCAUGUCAUACAAUUCACCUGGUCAUGGAAAUGUCCAGGAAACAAAGGAGUAGGGCCUCAAUGUUCCCCCAAUCCCACUCCAAGGGAUAUACAAUAUAGUGAUUGUCUACUGAGUUAUAUUGGCAUGAGAAUAACUGUCUCUGCUGAAAUAUUGCUCAAGUUCCACUUCAUCACUUCUGUAUGUCUCCCAAUCAAAUCUAUCAACCCAACCCCUUUGCCAUCAAGCAAAACCUCCACUAGAGGUCGAAUUUCCUCUUGUACUGAGAUUGA